AUGGCGACGCCCAUGGACAGCACCACGCGUCAGGGCGAUGUUGGGAGAAGGUGUGUCAUAGAAGCAACUGUAGUGACUGGUUUUGAGAGUAUUGCAAGGUCUGAGGCGAUACAGAAAAUUCCUGGGUCUAAAGCUCACUGUGAAAGAGGCAGAAUUUUCAUCAAUCUUCCGAUAUCGUCUGUUAACAAGAUUCUUGGUCUUUCAUCAGUUGAUAACUGCUUUGUGGUUAUGACACGAUUUCCUGAAGUUGUCUUCUCCCAAAAUGAGCUUGAGGCUAUGGGGACCAUCCGUAACCUUGUGAGAAGUGUUGAUUGGGAAGUUGGCCUCAGAGCAUGGCAAGAAAUCUUUACGUUUGAUCAUCCCAUUUUAUAUCAGCCUGAGGUAAUACCAGAGGACCUUGGAGAGCCGCAAAUUGUCUCUAGACGACCUCCAGCGAAAAAACAAAAAGUGGAUCCUGAGUCAGAAGCAGAUGAACAUGUCAUUGCUUCCAAAAUGAAUGAGCCAAAUGAAGGAAGCACAGCAGCUUGUGAUAAGAAAACAAUCAGCACUGAUGAAAAUGCAUUAACGAAAGCUGAAGGAAAAUCUACAUGUUCCUUGGAAUCUUCAGAUAGUAGCAAAGAGAAAGAAGCUCAAAUCCCUUUAGAAAAGAAUAGCAAUUCUAGCACCGGUGAACAACCUGCAAGAACAAGACUUACAACUCAUGACCCCUCGAAGCUAACUUUUCGAGUAACCUGUAACAGAACAGGGAAAAACCAUUGCUUUCAGUCAAUGUGUGCUGCAGCAAACUUUGGCGGUGCAAUCCAUCAGUAUUUCCACUGGAACAUUGAUAUGAAGAAAUUUGAUGUGGAGGUCAUGCUAAAUAUUGAUGGGUCAAAUGUGAGUGCUUGCCUUGGUUUGACUAAAGAAAGUCUGCACAGACGACACAUCACACACUUUGGACCAACCACACUGAAACCGACGAUAGCUUACAACAUGCUGAGAAUGUGUAAAAUCCGGGCAGGUGAUGUGGUAUGUGAUCCAAUGUGUGGAGGUGGAACCAUUCCAAUUGAGGCAGCAGUAAAUUGGCCACAAGCAGCACAUGUGUGUGGAGAGAUCCAUACUCUGGGGGCAAACCGCACCAUGGAUAAUAUACAAGAGCUGAAUAAGAAACGGCUUGCCAAGGGGAAACCCCCUGUUGUGGUUGAUGCCAUUCAGUGGGAUGCCUGUGCUAUGCCCUUUAAGGACUCCUCUGUGGAUGUGUUCAUUGCUGAUCUAGUAAGUUUGCCAUUUGGGAAAAGAAUUGGUCACAAGGUGGACAACUGGAAGCUGUACCCAGCCUCCUUGCUGGAGAUGGCACGUGUGAGUCGGCCGGAGACUGGUCGAGCUUGUUUCCUCACGCAUGACAAGAGGUGUAUGAUUAAGACGAUUCAUGGGCUGAAAAAAUUCUGGCGACAAGUGAGAAGUGUUGGAAUUAACAUUGGUGGGCUGUCUGCUGUUGUUUUCCUGCUGUACAGAACAGGUAAAACUGUCUCACCUGAGGAUACUAUACCUACGGCAGAUGCUCUCAGAAAGCUGCCAGAGUGCCAGCCAACUGAAGCUUUACCCAGGGAAGUUGAAGAGGAGGAGAACAUUGAUUGAGCUUUGUUACAGUUUCAAGUGUCAGGCUGUCACAUUCUCUGGGCAUUUUGCUGUUAAUGCUUUUUGAAACGUAACCUUUGCUCAGCAAAUGUAGCAGGUGUUGAUGUUCACUCAUCUCAGUCAGUUUCAGAUCACAGUAACUUAGUUACUGUCAAAGUUAUGUUUUUAAUGGUCUUACAUUCAGAGGUAAUCAGUCAAUACAAAAGAAAGCUGAAUUUUUAAAACUUUUUUGAUCUCUUCAGAGUACUCCUUCCAAUGCAGCUGCGACUGCUGCUGCAAAAAAGUGAACAUGUGUAAGCAAUAGGGUUAGGUUAGGGUUUUCACAUUUUGAUAAAUUUGGUAGUUUAUUGCUUUAAACCUGGUUUAAAGGUUUCUCCCUAUCUGAAAUGGGAAGAGCAAUGCCAUCAGAGCAUGUCCUUAGGGGAAAGUAGACUGCUUAACUGUAAAAGUAAAUGGUCCCAAAUAAAUCUUGUUGACUUAAUGAUCUGCAGUAGUUGUCUCCCCUUUCAAUGUCAUGUUUAAUAGGAAAGGCAGUGAAGGCUUAUAACCUUGCGUCAGAAUUACUGGGAUUCUAACUUGCCAGCAAAGUAUUUUCCGACCAUGUACAUGUAGUCUUUAACUCUGGCCAUUUGGGAUUCUAGUUUUCAUGUAACCCCUGGCUCUUGUAGCGUAUGUACCAAUGAAACAAUGCUUUGGAUUCUGAGAGUUCUAUUGAUUAUGGAAAGGUUUUUUUUUAGGUGAUAUCCUAUUAGAAAAUGUCUCAACAAAACAAGUAGAAUUUUGACCUUUGGUGGAAAUGUAGUGCAUGUGAUGGUAGUAAUUACAUCUUUCAUGGAGAGUUCAUAA